AUGGACGACAACACUGCUCAGGAGGCCACCGGCACUGCCGGUAAGGCCCCUGAGAACGCCCCCAAGACCACCACCGCGGUCCUCCUCGAGCACAUCGCCUCGAAGACGAUCCCGACCGACCCGCAGACGGUCAAGGAUUUCGGCUUUGACCGCUGCAUCACCCAAAAGGGCCAGGAGGUCCUCAUGCAGGCCAUCUACAUCACCCUUCUCAAGGACCUUGCCGUCGCGCCCGCCCAGGUUGAGGAUUGGGUCGCGGAGGGCGGCGCCAAGUUCGCCGAGCAGGUUCGCACAAAGUUCGAGGCCGCCAAGGACGAGCAGGGUCUCAAGUGGCUCGACUACUUCGCCUUCAUCUGGAACCCCAACGACGUCGACGCCGAGCUGGGCGCCAUGAGCGAGGAGUACCUCGGCUCCCUCGCGGGCCCGGGCUUGGACGAGCAGUUUAACGCCCGCGUCGAGACCUACCUGGCCGCCCAGGCCCGUCUCCGCGCGAAGCGCGACGAUCUGAUGGCCCGGGGCGAGUACGUCCCCCGGCCCCAUGGGCCUCGCAUGCUGGUCCCCGCUCCCGGCUCGAACGAUCCUACCCCGGCGAGCGUCUCCCUCUUCUGCCCCGGCACGGACCUGGCCGCUUUUGCCCGCGAGCUUGAGGGCAUGCCCGGUGUUGUGAGUUUUUGA